CCUCACCAUCAUACCUACCGUUUUCAUCCAGCAACCGUUGGAGGUUCCUUCCGCUCCUGGGAUUGCUGCUCACGAGACCAGUUUUGGAGGAACGACUGCCAGUCCCGACCCAGCGAUCUCGUUUGGAUUGUUCCCCUCCCCUCUUCUCUCUCUUUCCUCAUCCAAAGGGAACUUGCGAGGAUUCCCGUUAUGUUCCAUCCUCCUUCGUCAGGUCCCAUCCACAGACCUUACACCCAUCUCUCAAGCACGGCAGCAAGUUACCGGAACCGUAAUCUUAACUUCGCCAGUUCCUCCAACAUGGCGCAGGCGCGAGAGCCCACGUUUAACCCGUCCUCUCCUCAUUCGUCGAGUGGUGGUGCCGACUCGUACAAACAUGAAGGCACUCCAGACACCAGACUCACUGCUUUCUCUCCCGACGGUGAUUCGGGCAGGUCCAACAAGCCGCUUGCAUCUCUCAACUUGAAUGUCUCCUCGGAGCAUCCCGUCCACUUCCAUGGCGCGUCAGCGGAUGGUUUUGGUCCUGCCUCGGCUGCUGCUGAGAAAGAUCCUUUCAUUUCAAGCUCAAUUGUGCCCAAGCCAGAGCAAAAGUUGUCCCCGACCGCCUCUUCGUUUCGUCCAGUCUCUGUUCCACUUAUCGCCCAUGGCUCUUUGGGCGCGCCGCCAGGACUGAACCUAGGCCCAGGUCCCAACCAGCAGCUUUUCUCCCAGUAUGCCGCUGCAAGAUUCAGCGCCGAGUUGCGAAUCUCCCGCUAUCUCGUCGUCUAUGCCCUGACGCACCCAGUCUCUCCUUCCGAUGUCGAGGAAUAUCUGGCGAAGUUGGACCGGCUUGGUUCGCCAUGCCAGGGCAAAUGCAACAUGUCUGUCAAGGAUGGCAAAGUUUGCCUUCAAUUGUCAAACAUACGUGAUGCCCGCAAUGCCCACGAUAAUAGUCAGCUCGGGUCCCCAGAUUGGCGUAUCGAAUACAUCGGUGCGUCCGAGUUUCGCCAGGUUUACAACCUUGCCCAGACGCAGGCCCUGUCCGAUGGUCUGGUCCAAAUCACGGCCUUCUCUCAAGGAAUUGAGCAUGGCGUUGUCCGUCUUGAGGCCGUGGUGCAAACCUUGCUGGAAAGUCAAGGGGACAUUUUCGCGUUCCAGCGGCAGAGCGACGCCAACGAUUUUGUCUUCCGCGCCGUAGUGGAGUUCUCCGAUGCUGAUGUUGCCGCCUCCGUCGUGCACAGGUACAACGGGGCUACCCUGGGCGGCGCUCACUUGGUUCUGACGCUCUGUCAGUUCAAUGCCACAGGGACAGGCGUUGAACCGAUACAGGUGCUUGACCAUACUCCUGGCGGUUUCCACGGCAUGACAAACAACUUCUUGAAUACCAACGCUGCCAACGCCAUCCAGCCACAGCCAACACAUGCUCUCGUUGCAGCCGGUCGUCUCGGGCAAUCUCCAGCCGGACUGCCUCUGGCUCAGCAACCCAUCCCAAUGUAUCCGAUCAUGUACCAUGGCCAUGGCCUCCACUCCGCUGGGCUGACACGGAUGAUGUUCGAUCAGACUCCGACACGCAGCCAAAGUCUCUCCAUAAACCCAUUGGUCCCCAUGUCAGGUGGAAUGCCGAUCAUGGCUCCCACGUACCCCCCUCCCGCGGGUCCCAUGAUGAUGCACGACGACUUCAUCGGCCCAAGAAGGAUUCAAUCGUACGGACGCCUGGAGAAUCGCCGCCAGAACGCCAUGAGGGUCAACCGGUCUCAGUUCUACAACGCUGCGAAUCACCAUAAUCACGUUGAUGUCAACCGUAUCCGUGAUGGGAUUGACGUCCGAACCACGAUCAUGUUGCGUAACAUUCCGAAUAAGGUCGACCAAGCCAUGCUCAAGCGAAUUAUUGACGAGUCGAGCUGGGGCAAAUACGACUUCAUGUAUCUGCGGAUUGACUUCGCCAAUGACUGCAAUGUCGGCUACGCCUUUAUCAACUUUGUGGACCCACUGGACAUUAUCGAUUUUGUCAAUGCACGGGGAAACCAGCGUUGGAACUGCUUCAAGAGCGACAAGGUCGCCGAGAUUUCAUAUGCCACGAUCCAAGGAAAGGAUUGUCUCGUUCAGAAGUUCCGUAACAGCUCUGUUAUGCUGGAGGCGCCUCACUACCGUCCGAAGCUCUAUUUCACCCUCAACGGACCCAGACCCGAUCUGGCGGGUCAGGAGGAGCCGUUUCCAGAGCCUGACAAUCAGUCCAAGAUGAAGCGCAGCUGCGAAAAUGCUGAGCACGUGGGACUCUUCACACCGAAUGCCGGGCAACACUUUCGCGACGAGCAGCGUCGCCGCCGUUCCCAGUACGACCGCGGGACCAGACUCGCAGCACUCGAGGAGUACGACUAUGAUGCACACAUGCAGCAACGGGGCCUCUUCCUGCCUCACUAAACAUCAGGGAGGUGGUAGAAGAGUACGGCAUGCAUCCGCAUCAAAACGACAAUUCUUGAGAUCCCGAGAUUUUUUGACGAAUCAUUCGAUACAGCAGAACUGCGUUGCCUCGGCUUGCUUGCCAUCUUUGACAACUCGACAAAGGUGUACACCAUCUGUAUUUGCAAUAACCUUUUGUAAUUGAAGGUCUACUACUCUUGACAGGUCAGCUGAGAUAUUAGACGAACACGGGGAAUAAUGGGUUGGCGCAGGGACAAAACGGAGGGGAAGGAAGGGAAGAGGGAAAUGUUGCAGUCAUACGGGGCAGGUCUGACGGGAGGGGAUUGGACUAUGCCGUUGGGGUUGUUGAAGCCUUGGUGGUCUAGGAAAGGUCGUCCAUACCGCAGAGCCCCGGAUCUUGAGCAGCCUAGCUCGGAGCUCGGAUGGCCAGAAUCUCUAUCCCUGUAUACCUAAGCCGUCGACG